AUGGCACUUCAUCCUUCCUCUGUUCCACAGCGUGUUGCUCUGCCAUCUCCUCUAGUGUCCUCUCUUCCUGACGUUCCUGACCCUGAGUCUGACCUUGCUCGUGCUGCUAGUCCUACUGUCACUCGUCUCCUCGCUACUGUUGUCACUGACCCUUCCUUUGAGUCUACUGCUGCGUUUGCCCUAGUCACUGAGCUAGUCGACUUUGCUGCUACCUCUCGUCUCGACUACGUCGCGAGUCUUGUCACUGAGUCUGACUGUCCUCCGUCCGUCGGGGGUGAGCUUGCCCUUGGCAGUGACGUCCUUGAGGACAGGCAGUUUGAGCUCGAGUGUCUUGCGGCUGCUGUACCUCAUCUCGCUUCCAUGCUGCUUUGCCCUGAGGGAAAGCCGAAUGCACUAGACAUCCCUACCCCGCGCUCUUACGCAGAGGCGAUCGCGGAUGAGUACUCCUCUCAGUGGCAAAUAGCCAUGGACGCGGAGAUGGCUUCCUGGAAGUCCACAGGCACUUACGUCGAUGAGGUUCCCCCUCUUGGGACGAACAUAAUCGAUGGCAUGUGGAUCUUCUGGGUGAAGCGGCCGCCGGGUUCUCCGCCUGCCUUCAAGGCGCGUUACGUUGCACGAGGCUUUAGUCAGCGACAGGGGGUCGACUUCUUCCAGAACUUCUCCCCCACCCCGAAGAUGACCACUCUUCGGGUGUUAUUGCACGUUGAAGCAUAG